GAUGCUUCUUGGAGCGCACACAGGGCUGGUCUCUGCUUGCUCACUUUACAAGCAUGAAACACUAAAGAGAGAGAGGCAGAAUAAAUGGCAGCUAAGGAGCCGAAGAGGAGGACUCUAGAGGAAUAUGGUAACAUCAGAGGCUCUGGAACGGAUCUAGUCACAACUGAUGAACUGCGCUGCUGACAGUGAACAAGAGCAGCCCUGAUACUCGAGAGAGGAGGUUAAACGGAGCCCACUGAUUCAAGAGUGCACCCAGAGCCAUGGCAAAGGAGGCUAGGGGGUCCAGGGCCAGAGAAGGGGGCUGGGGGUGGAUGAUUGUCGCUGGGUGUUUCUUAACCAACAUCUGCACUCGCGCUGUUACCAGAUGUGUGUCCAUAUUCUUUAUAGAGUUCCAACAGCAUUUUGGGCGGGAUUAUUCCUCUACAGCCUGGAUCCACAGUACUAUAGAUGGGAUCACAAUGUUUUGUGCUCCUCUGGGGGGUUUUCUGGGCAACCACUUCUCAUGCAGGUCUAUAGUGAUGGCAGGAGGUCUCCUGUCUUUCACUGGGAUGGUGCUCAGCUCAUUUGCCACUAGUUUGCCUUAUCUGUACAUUACCAUGGGGUUUGUAACAGGGCUUGGUUUUGCUUUGAGCUACACUCCGUCAGUUGCGAUGGUGGGAAAUUACUUCCAUGAGAGAAAAGCACUGGCCUAUGGCAUUGGCCUCUCAGGCAGUGGCAUUGGGACGUUUAUCCUGGCCCCUGCCGUCCAGCUGCUCAUAGAGCUGUACUCGUGGAGAGGGGCUCUGCUGGUCCUUGGGGGGUUUGUGGCCAAUCUGUGUGUUUGUGGGGCCCUGUUGAGGCCCGUCAAACCCAAAUCUAAAGCAGCAGACAGGAUAUGGGAUGACGAGAUUGCUGCUCAGAAAGAUUAUGUGACAUCAAAAAUUGACUCAAAAAACACUGAACUGAUUUCAUCAGAUCUCACUAAAGAGGAGCUGGCUCAUCUUGAACAAAAUAACUGCAACAACAACAAAACUAUUGAGAACCAGAUGCUGGAGAGCUUGAACCUGAAGAACAAGAGCAUGGACAAAGCAGGGCAGAACUUUUUAUCUGGUGAUGCUAAUCUCACCUGCAGCUGCAUUGUGAGCCCAAAACUCUGCAGGCUCUGUCUGUGUCUGGAGUCAAAGGAGGAGUUCAGUUUCCUGUUGCACCCAGACUUCCUCAUCCUGCUCGUGUCUGUGCUGUUCAUGGCAUUCGGCUGCAGUGCCCCUCUGGUCUACCUGGUUCCCUACGCCCUCAGUGUGGGUAUUGAGCAUCAGCACGCCGCCUUCCUCAUGUCCAUAUUUGGAGUCAGCAGCAUCGUGGGGAACGUCACCUUUGGUUGGAUCACAGACAGGCCAUUCAUAAAGAAAUACCGCCUGCUGAACUACAUGUGUGCAGUGUUGAUGGAGGGGCUGUGCUGCAUGGUCCUGCCAUUUCUCUUCUCUUUCCCAGCCCUCGCUGUGUGUGUGGUUCUCUAUGGAUACUUUGAUGGGGCCUAUGUGGCACUCAUCCCAGUGGUAGUCUCAGACGUGGUUGGACCCUCAUACUUGACCCCUGCUUUGGGUGUAGUCUACUUUCUCCAUGCUAUACCAUAUCUGGUCAGCCCACCCAUUGGAGGUCUGCUGGUGGAUACUACAGGUGCGUACACCUCGACCUUUCACCUCUGUGGGGCCUCCUAUGUCAUCUCAGCUGGAAUAUUAACAGCUGCCAUAGUAGCCAAGAGGUGGCGGAGUUCCAAGUCCACUUCUGUUGUAUAAUACACCUCCAACUGCAAAGCACCAUAUGGAACAUUGCAGAUCUUUUAAACACCAGGUGGAACAAUUAUGCAAUUCCAGAAGCCACGACUAUCCGGACAUCCAUGUGAGCAGAGGACACAAAAGCAGAUUUAUUUUUUUACUUUUCAUGCAAUAUAUAGUGUUCAUAUUGUCCAUAC